AUGCCUGAGCAUCUGAGAGCUGGCGUACGUUCUUCCGGUUCGACCAUAUUCUCCAAGGAAAGAGGCCACGAGGGGCUUCGGAGACGCUCUCACUGCGAAUGCUUGAUGCUUCCAAGCGUGGUCAAAUGCGUAGGAAAAGUGAGACUGAUUUACUAGCCGUUGCUCGGAGACUGUACAAUGCGCCGGACCUGCAAUUCCGGGUCCCUGGCCAGCGGAAUGGCGUGCUUCCCAUUAUGGGGCCUCAGCCAGCCGAGCAGGUGGUUCUGGUAAUAGGAACCGGCUCCGGUAAGACUUUGGUCGUCAUGAUUGGGGCCCAAGUAAAUCUCCAAUUGCGUCGUCCACUCCGAAGUACGCAGCUAAGCGCAGGCCAGUUAUUUGCUUCUAUAAGUAACUAGGAAACACCGCACUCUAAGGAAAAUUUCUACUUCUU